UCGUUCAUGACUUGACCAUCUCGACUUCAUUCUCAUGUCCUGACUGAGCUGUAACUUAUAGCUUCUCCGUCGCCGUUCAUAGCUGUACUUCAAAUACUUUAAGGAUAAUAAACAAUGAAUCAGCAAAUAAAUAAAAGACGAGCCACAGGGGCUGUUGGAAGAGGACUAUUCAAAGAGCAACAAGCUAGCAGAGUACAUUGCGACUUGAACGAAAGCAAGGUACACAUUCCAGCUGCUGGGAGAAACGCAGAGUAUACUAGUGCAGCGCAAGCCUCUGCUGGUAAAUGGAAGUCUUCAUUCAAACCAGUCGACAAGCAAAAUCCUGAAGAUGAUUCCCAGGAGCAAAGCAGUGUGCAAAGAUAUGAAAAAUACAAGAAUGAUGUUGUGACCUCUACACCGUCACACCACCAGCACUUAGCAAAGGCUGCUCACCCGCCCGUGUCCAAUAUUGUCUCAGGCACUGUGUCUCAAGGGGCUGAACUUUAUGACCCCUUUGAUAACGACGCGGUUGACUCGGACUCGGCAAAUGACAGCUUAUGGCACACAAAGGACAACUUCCCACCUGAGCGGCAACGUUUGUCUCCAGGCAGGAGCAGUCAUGUCAUGGCCUCCUGGGAGUUAAGCCGACCCCUUGACUAUAACACGGAAAACGGACACAGUGAGAGCCAUCCAGGUCACACACUGCCUGAAUGGCGGUCUUACAGCCCGGACAUUAAAUCACUGGAGCCACCAGGGUAUGGAUCCAUGAGUACACCCUAUGGAGGAGAGCGUCCCGAUGGAGGGGAAAGGAUGAUGGUCCCACGUGUUAGGUUGUCCUCACCCAAGUUGCUGCAGGACCAUCAGAUUGAGGUGGAGCCCGUAGAAGCAGAAGAGGAACAGAGUGCGUCUUCAAGUAGGACAAAAAGUGAAAGGACCAGAGUUAUACGAAUGGAUCAGAUAACCAUCAACUGUGACCUGUGCGACAUAGAAGUGAGCAAUGGGAAGGAGCUGGAGGACCACUUGGACAGCAAAAUUCACUGGGACAUAAUGGAGCACAUCCAGCAGCAGAAUAAUUAUGACGACAUGACUAUAGCCUUCCUGCAGGACGUCAUGCUGUAUAAGAGCAUCAAGUGCAGCCGAGCCAUAGAUGACAGCUCUCUUCUCGCUCUGCAGGAGAACGACCACAUGACAAAGGUAGCAUUGUUCCACUGCGCAGCGUGCCAAGUUCUCGUAUCCACGGCAGCAUCAUCUGUGCAGAAUCACAUCACCUCGCCGGAACACCUCUCCAACACAAAGGAAUUUGGAGCACAGCGGAGACAUGCUUCACUCGACAAAGCAGAUACCAUCAUGAAAGAACUGCAGCCUCAGUUUGAAAAUUUCCUCAAGGGUUUCAGCCAGUUUGAAUGACGGAAGACCUCCACCCCAAUGAUGGUAUCGACAUCCCAAGUGCUGUUUGCCACAAGUUAACAAUGGACUUCACCUUCACCAUCACAACCACGUACAAUUUGAUG